AUGGUUUGUGCCAAGUGCCAGAAGCUCUCCAAGGGCACCACCCUCGCCACCCCCGAUGUCAAGAAGAAGAGCGAGAUGUACUACGGUUCACCCGCCGCCAGCUCCUCCGCUUCCUCCUCAAAGGCCAAGGGCACCGCCAAGCCGACGACUCUUGGAAACAGCGGAAUCAGCAAGAGCAAGCUCCUGUCCAAGUCAGCCAAGAACCCAUAUGCUCAGUACUCGAGCUCUUGUUCCAAGUGCAAGUCCAAAAUCACCCAAGGGCACACCUUUUGUCAUACUUGCGCCUUCAAGAACGACGCUUGUGCCAUGUGUGGCAAACCGAACAAGAAGUCAACCUCGAAAGCACCUGUUGUAUCCGGCCAAAAGUUCACCCUCAAGUGA